CGCAUCAACUUAUGAAAAAACAGAUUCCACAUCCACUGCGUCAUCAAAAACGCCGUCGAGGUCAAACAGUUUGAGUCUGAAGUUAAAGUCGAACCCGAAUAGCAAAUCAAAUUCACCGUUAUCCACACCGCCAAUAUCUUCACCCGCGACUCCUGAUAGGUUGAAAGAGUUGCCACAUCCGUUGUAUAAUGAUCCACUCUGA